AUGUCUUGUUAAAAUGAAUAAUCUACGUCAAAUGGAAUGAUCAUUACAUAGUUGUAGAUAAUUAAUAAUAACUUCGGAUAGCAAUUAUCCAACUUAUAGAAUGAAUUUAAAUAAAAAUAAUCUAAAGGAUGUUUUAAAACGAUUUUAAAUCAUUAAAAUAAAUGA